CCUUCUUAACAUGGUUUCCGGAAGCGUACGGUUAUUUACUGGGCAUGCGCACAAACUUCGAAACAUAACCGCGAAACUGUUUUUUGUACAGGAUGAAGCCAGCUCGAGGUUCAUCAAGAGCAUCAACACAGGGUCCUAAAGGCGCAGGUCGAGAUGGGAAAAGAGUACAGCAAAAACGAUUGCCUCACGGUGAGCGUGCACAAGAUAAGUCGAGAAAGAAAGCACCUGCAGAGCCAAGAAAGGUGAGAGGUCAGGAGAAAUGGAAACCAUUGGACAAGUCCUCCAUCAUGUUCCUUGACAACCUGCUGAGUUUGUCAAUACUAUCUGUUCUCCCAAUUAAAAGAAAAGAAAAAGAGGAAACACAGAAGCACCUUAACUCAUUGAAAGACCAGUUCCUGGCUAAAUGUUCUCAACUCCCUGUGCCGCCUCAGAAACACGGAAACUUGAUGCACGUGUCCCAGCAGUUCCACAGAGAGAACCAGAAUGUCAAGCAUGGCAACAAAAAAAUCGAUGAAUUGCAGGAGAGCAGCCAGGCGGUGGUUAGCCAACUGGAGAAGCUGCAGGUAAAGAUGGAGCGUUUGGAGCAUGAGUGCAAGAUCAUGAGGAACAAACUGGAAGAAGAAGAGUUAAAUGCACAGAAGUUUAUUCAGCUGACUGAGCAAGCCGUUCUGCGCCUUCCUGCUUUACCACUUUAUCCUGAAGAUGAGCCCACGUUACAGGAGAAGAUCAUGAGAGCGGCGCCCGAUCCCAAAGCUGUCAUGAAGGCUCUUCAGAAAAGGAAGGUAACCGGGAAUGCAAAAGUUUUUUUGGAGUUGGCACAUAAGCAGAUGGAUCACCUGUGACUCACCCUGUAACUCCAGACAAUUGGAUCAGCGUUGUCUAAUUUCUUUUCUUUCUUUUUUUUUUUAAUGAGCAAAAAUUCUGUAACUGUUUUCUGACUUAAAAGAUUGGCGACUCAGUUGUAAAACGCCAUCCUUGCUUAUUGUUUAUUAUUGUUAAUCAUUAUACAUUUGCAAGACAUUUAUUUGUUUGACUAGUGUGGUUUAACUAAGCAUGUAUUUUGCUCCGUUUGGUUAAUAAUGGUUCUCAGAUUGUGCGUCAAGGAAGUUAAAAAUGAUUCUUAACGAUUGGAUCCUUUCACUGAAAUAAAUUAUGCUAAACAAUUUUCACAGUAUUGUGCAAGUUGUUUCAGUAUUUUAAUGAAAUUUGUGACAUCACAACAGAAGUAUAUCCUUUUAAUAAUGAAACACUUUAAAAUAGUCUUAACAUAACAUAACCUAACGUUGCGAGAUUUAGGCCUCGCCAGAUCUCAUCCUAAAGAGGCUGAUGCAGCGGUGCUUUAGUCCUCCGGUCUUUCCAGAUCGCUCACCUCCUCAUCUGUACACUCUGCUCGAACCAAAGCUCGUUCCAAAGCUUCAUCGAUCAUGCUAGUACCAUUGUCCUUGAUCAAAGCUAUUCAUGAUAUCUCAUAGAUAUGUCCACUAGUUUUACACUGGAUUUCAUUGAUGAAUGUCGCUGAGAAAUGUUGAGCAAGAAAAGAUGUUUUUUUUUUUUUUUUUUCCCCCACAAGCUAAAAUCAGUUAUAUAACUGUAUGCCUUCUCUUCAGUAGAUGUGCAGUUUGAGUUAACGUUUCUUUUAAGAAUAAAUUCAAUGAAUAAUUAAUAAUCAGCACUGAACAGUGACUCUCAGGAUUGAAGAGAGUGGUGGAAAUCUUAAUAGUUCACCAUUUGGUCCGUAUCUGCUUUCUGGUAUGGAACGAUAUGAACUUAAUAUUUGAGG